AUGGAAGAAUACUUUGUGGCAUUUGUGCUGGUUGUUAGCGCGGUAGUGGUAUAUCAAUGCUCCUAUCAUAUAAUAUGGUUCAAAGUUGGGUCACUGUUUGACAUUACAAUGGCCCCAUCUAAAGCCAUACAGUCUCAGGAGAUACCGAAAUGGGAAUUGAAUGAUAGCACAUUUUUCUACAAACUUUACAGCGAAUACUCGAUAUCUUCACAUAGAAUUAAAAAUACUGUCAGGAUUUUAUUCUCAAUUGCCAUGGUGAGCUACGCCAUGACGGUUGAGAUUGUCCUCUGGCAGAUAAGAACUGCAGAGGUUGAUCAGAGGGCAGAUUUUCUCACUAAGAUGGUGUGGCCGUGUGUAUCAAUACUUUUGUCGAUGUUGAUCAUUUUAACACAACCAUUUUUAAUUGUAUUAUCUCUGCUAAACAAGUUUUACAAGGACAGGUUCGAUAUCGAAAGACUUUUGAUUUACACUUGCAUGUUGAUUGCAUUUUUGAUAGCUUGCUUGAGCAUACUUAGCUUUGGACCCUUUAAAUAUACAAAAAGCAUGUUAACAAAAAUAUCCAUGGUUGGCAUUACGGUUAUGGCCUUCCUUUCAGGUGUUGCAUCAAUAUCAACACUUCAUUAUACUUUUUUAUUUAUUAAAAAGAGAUGGUUUCCAACGAGCGUCAGAGAAGACGAUCGUGACUUAACUGCAAAUACAUCUAGGGCAUUGCUAUGGACCGGAAACGAUAUGAUUAACGAACGAAUUGCGAGCUUUCAGCAGAAUAUACAGGAAGACCUUCUCAUUUUGAAAAAAGUUGAAAACGAGAAAGAUGGGGGGUCUCUUCCAAGAAGGGAUCAAGUAGUUGAGAGGAUUGCGGAAUCUCAUUUAGAAAUUGCCAAACUAGAGCAUAGAAUUCAGCAGUCGCGUAAGAUUUUACUAAUGAAAAAAGCAUUCCAUUUAUCAUUCUUGUUGUAUUGUUUGCAUAAAGUCAUAUUUACGUUUACCAGGUCAAUUCCCAAUAUUGUAGGGAGUUGGUCCACAAAUCGAGAUUCUCAAAGUCAGGAAUCUGCCCGAGGACCUUCGGAAUGGGUUGCAGAUCCAUUGGCGAUUACCCUAGCAAAAGUACUUGACUUUCUUCUCUUCAAAUUCAAUUACCAGUAUGAGCUCGACUCCUUAACCAAACAGAUAUCACUGCUUCUUUCUGUGUCUCUUUUUAUCUGCUCAUUAUCAACAGUGGCAACUACUAUCUCGAUUGUCAUCACCAUUUUACCAACCAAAUUCAGAGCCCUGGCGAUGUAUACAAUGCAGAGUACCGAGAAAGGAAGAGAAUUACCUAAGUAUAGAAAAGAAGGGAAUCAUAACCGGAAACCUCCGUCAAUAAUCAAAAAUUUGAUCGUAUCCGAGUUAACAGGGAUCUAUGUUGUUGCAACUGUAUUGUCCGUUCGCUCCAAUCUACCGUUUGAAGUUUCGGAAAAAGUUAACGAGCUGCUUGGACAGAGAUUUACUGUGCCUAACAUUGUGAUUGACUCCUGGUUCGACCUAAUUUAUGCUUUUUCGUGCAUCUUCACCAUUGCAUUUAUGAAGAUAGCUGAACGGGUUUUAUCCAAGUAA